AUGUAUAUAGCCUUCCUUACGGCCGCGGCAGCAAACGAACAAUUGUCACUGACGCACUACUCGACGUCGUGCCCCCGUGCCAUCUUCACCGUCAAAGCUGCCGUUUUUAAAGCUGUUCUUAGCGAACGCCGCAUGGGUGCAUCCUUGCUUCGCCUUCAUUUCCAUGAUUGCUUCGUCAAUGGUUGUGAUGGUUCGGUAUUGUUGGACGAUACGGAGAGCUUUACAGGAGAAAAGACGGCUGGACCAAAUGCUAACUCACUGAGGGGUUUUGAAGUGAUCGAUUCGAUCAAAUCCGAGGUUGAAAGGUUAUGCCCGGGGGUGGUUUCUUGUGCCGACAUAUUGGCCAUGGCUGCCCGCGACUCCGUCGUAGCCCUGGGUGGACCGUCGUGGAUGGUGCAGCUGGGAAGGAGGGACUCGACCACGGCGAGCAUCGAUGCGGCAAACAGAGAUAUUCCAUCACCGGUGAUGGACGUCGGGGAUCUUAUUUCCGCCUUUUCUAAGAAAGGAUUUUCACCUAAAGAAAUGGUUGCACUUUCCGGUGCGCACACAAUAGGGCAGGCGAGGUGCAGAGUGUUCCGCAAUCGGAUCUACAACGACACCGACAUUUUCGGGUCCUUCGCCACUUCCCUGAAGACCAAUUGCCGGAGUUCCGUCGACGCCGACGACGACAACCUCUCGCCGAUUGACGCUGUCUCGCCAGCCUCUUUCGACAACACCUACUUCAAGAAUCUCGUCGGCAACAAGGGCCUCAUGCAUUCCGACCAGCAGCUCUUCGCCGGCGGGGGGCCAACCGACACUGUGGUCGCUGCUUACACCAAAGACCCGUCGUCCUUCUUUGCGGACUUCGCAAGCGCCAUGUCCAAGAUGGCUAACCUCACUGGAACCCACGACGGCCAGAUCAGGACCAACUGCAGGAAGACCAACUGA